AUGCUAGCCUGCAGAAGACUCGUCUGGCGACAUAUUAUCCCCACCUCUGGCACUGGUUACAUGAGACUCGCCAAUUCAUUCCAACUUCAGGCUAGACAUGGUAUCUGUCAACUGCAAAACAAUGACAACUUCCACAAAGUGCGGCUUCGAUCCCCAGCCGAGAUAAAGAGGGGAUUGCAGAUUUUGUUCUCCAUUCUUAGAGAGCCGUCCCUCGCGGGACAACUACGGGAGCUGAAGCUUGAUCGUACACCGUGCUUAUCGUAUCGGGGUGAUCCUUAUGAGAUUCGACCAGCACAGGUCUUGCUGCCACCAGAAGAUCUUCAGAGGCUCCAGCUCGCAUCUUCUUCCCAUUUAGGUUUGCAACGACCCUCCAAGACAUAUAUAUUUGAAAACUUUCUCCGGCGAGCCAUCGCUGAGAAGCGCGAUGUGGCUGGUCUGCAAAAUCUCCGCUCAGUGAGACUUCUCUCUGAUAUAGAUAAUGGUGCGGACGAUGAUACACUCUAUUGGGAUUUCGAGGUUCACGACUGCCUUAACCUCAUCCGGGAACUCUCCGCCAUUAAAUCCGUUCAUUUCGAAGCCAUCCAGCCAGAACGCAAUGUAGAAAUGUGGCCUCCACCACGUUCUGCCAACUACACGGACAUCAUGCUCUACCACUGUAUUAUGCAUUCGCCCGAGGAAUUGGAUAUCAUUAUACAGUCAGCCAAGCAGCUAAGGAAGUUCGCAUUUACGGUCGGUGGACGCUGGGAGCGGGGCGGAGAUCUAUCACCGGUCAGUUCAAUAGAUCUCUUGGAGUCGUUACUCACCCACCGGCACAUGUUGGAAGAGCGUGAUCUUGACAUCCAGACGCAUGUGACUUUUCGUGAAAUGUUCGAUGAGGAUUUUGGCCCGCCUUGGAGCGGCCCAUAUGAGGUAGACGAAGAGCUCCAGGAGCGGAUGGCUCAAAAGGAAAAAGUCCUUGGUGUAGAAUCAGUGGCUCCGGAGUGUGCGCUGAGGAGCUUUGCCAAUCUCAAACAUCUUAGUAUCGGCACUCAUGUUCUCUACUGCUACACUCGUGGCUUUGGUUCCGGUCGCCUGAAGGAACCCUUCUCACUCAUUGACAACCUUCCCCCACGUCUGGAAUCGCUGCGCAUCUACGGCUAUGGUUUGCCGGGUAAAUACCCACACAAAUAUAAAACGCCAUUAGAUCUAGAUAUAGAGGCCCAGAUAGCAAUGUUGUUGGAACAAAACGAUGCAAAAUUACCGUCUUUGAAGGUUAUUGAGGGCGUCGAUACACCUAUACCUCAUGGGCACAGUGUGGAAAAUUAUGACAUGGACGGGCACCUGUUGUGGCAGCGUGAGGACGAUGAUUGGGGAGCUCAGGAUGAUUGGGGAGCCCAUGAUGAUAACUAA